AUUUUUGUGGCUAAUACGGAAUAACGCGCGACAGUGGCCCUGGGAAGUGAUCAUGAAACCCAUUGCAGCAGGAGUAGCCUUGCUACUUCUUGUGCUAAGCCCAGCGAGUGAUGCCUUUGUCCACAACUGGCACUCGGGCCCCAUUAACUGCUACGAGUGCUCCACCCUCGAAGAAUGCUCUGCCGGAGCCGGAGCCCUGCGCAAGUGCCUGAACAACGAUGCCCAAAGCUGUGUGGCCAUUUUCAAUGCCAAUGGAGCUGUGAUCCAGCGAGGAUGCAGCGAUAACCUAGAGACAGACUGCUCAGAAAGUGGGGAGAACUGCUACCAGUGCAAGUCGCAUGGAUGCAAUUCCCUAAAUACCAAUGAGAAUCUGCUGGAAUGCGUCAUUUGCGAUGCCCAAAGCGAUGACAACUGCGUCUUUGAUAUUGAGCUGGUGACCGAGAAGAAGAAAUGUAACCAGCAGUGCAUCACAGCCCUGUAUCCCACCAACAGUGAGGAGGGGGCUCCCCUAGAGCUGGUGCGCACCUGCAUCGACGACCUGGAUUUGGAUGAUCGCGAUGCCUGCGCCGAUGGCACUUUAGAUAACUGUGUGGCCUGCAGCUCGGCCGGAUGUAAUACCGUGGAUCUAGGUGUCCGCGGCAGCUGUAAUUCCUGCAAGGGAGACUGCUCCAGUCCCCAGUCCACCACCUGCCGAGCUGUUCCCUCGGGCGACAAUGCCGAGAGCUGCUUCAUCGAGUUUGAUGCCUCCGGCGCUAUAUACGAGAUGGGUUGCCUUAGCCAGUACAAUGUGAGCGACGUGACCUUAAUGGAGUCCAACAAGCAGCUUUGGUAUUGUACCGGCGACAACUGUAAUGUGGAAUCUGCCCUGGCCAAGCCCCAGACCUGCACGCUAUGCAGCUCCCGGACAGACGAUGACUGCGCCGUGGCGCCCGAAAGUGUGCUCACCGAGACCCAAUGCGAGAGCCAGGUGAACAGCGACUGCUACUCCAGAAUCCUGGAGGAUGGACACACCGAGAGGGGCUGCCUCACCAGCCUGGAGGGUGAGGAGUAUCUGGACUGUCUGCGGGAUAGCAACUCGAACGAGUGUCUAAGGUGCACGGGGGAGAAGUGUAACCAGGAGCUCCAACCCGCUGACCGCCUUAGCUGCCAGAUCUGUGACUCUAGCGAGGAUGACAACUGCGAGACCUCGCCCUCCGCCACUGCCCUCUGCCUGCUCCACACCAGCAGCCAGCAGUGCAUCACCAGCAUCGAUAUCGAGGGAAACACUCUUCGCGGAUGCAGUGCCUCCUUGGAAUGUGACUCGAGUAGUUCCAGGAAGUGCCAAACGUGUGAGGGAGCCGACUGUAAUACAGUCAACCUCAAGAGACUGGAAGAUGGUCAGCCUGGUCUGUGGGGUCAGACCCUGCCCCUCAGCUGUGAGACCUGCAAUGACACCACCGCCUGCGCAUCUCUGGAAACCACCGCCUGUGCCAGCAGCACGGACUAUUGUGUGACCGUCUUCAAUGCCGAGGGAGUCGUGACCGCCAAGGGCUGUAGCCAGGUGGUUGAGCAAUCCUGGAGCACCUACUGCGAUGCCAACAGCGGCAGCUGCCACAACUGUAACUCCAACGAGUGUAACUCCGCCCGGUCCCUGGACAACUACAAUGAAUGCAUCUACUGCGACCGCGACAACGAAAACUGCGAUACGAAUCCGGAAAAUGUCAAGACCCGUCGCCUGUGCAAUGGCCAGUGCAUGACUGCCCUCCGCAGGAGAUCCAUCCUGACCUCCGUUUACGAUACCGUGCGCGGCUGCUUGGAUGACAAGGAUCCGGCGGAUCAGGAGACCUGCAUUGCCGGCACCGAUGACCGGUGCGUGGCCUGCUCGGGCCCCAAUUGUAAUGUGGACAACCUGCAGGAGGAGCGACUGAGCUGCUACCAGUGCUCCGGCAAUGACGAGUGUGAGGAUCCAUCUGCUAGUCAGUGCAGUGAGUACAGCAGCGAGGAUAGCUGCUACAUCCUGUGGGACAAUGAGGCCGAUAUCCAGGCCAUGGGCUGCCGGUCUGACUUGGAUGAGGAGUUCGUGGAUGACAACUUCCACUCACUGCUCUUCUGCAACUCUUCCAACUGCAAUUCCUUUGCCGAUUUGCCCGAGCCGACCAAGUGCAUUGCCUGCGACUCCUCCGAGGAUCCCAACUGUGUCACAGAUCCCAGCAAGAUCACUUUGAUUGGAAAUUGCGGAGUUUUGCCCUACACCAGCUGCAUGACGCGGGUGACAAAUGGUAUCACCCAGCGCGGCUGUCUGAGCAGCUUGCCCCGUGAGCAGCUCACCGCCUGCCUGGCGGGCACUGGACUCUGCGAGGUGUGCGAGGGUGACCACUGUAAUGCGGGCAUCUAUCCCGCCGAUAGGCGUCAAUGCCACCGCUGUAACUCCCUAACCGAUCCCACCUGCUCCUCCGCCCCGGACGCUGGCGAACCCUGCGUGUACUACCUGGAGAACGAGGGCUGUAGCGCCAAGUUGGUGGACGGCGAAACCUAUCGUGGCUGCCAGCGGGAGUUCACCUGCGACGAUUCGGACAAGCAGUACUGCCGCCUGUGCUCCGGCAAAAACAACUGUAACGUGGCGAAUCUGAAGAGCUCCAAUAUUGGCUAUCCCACCCACUGGGCCAAUCCUCCUGUCAACUGCUACACCUGCAAUGGAACCGACUGCCAGGGAGCCAGCGUGGGCGCUCUGAAGAAGUGCGUGGGAAAUGACGAGCAAAACUGCGCCACAGUUUUCGACGAGUCCGGCUUGGUGGUUCUCCGCGGCUGCUCCGAUACCCUUUACGAGGAUGCGGAGCUGCUGCAAUACUGCGACGAGAACUCCGGCAACUGCAAGUUCUGUAAGUCUUCCGGCUGCAACAAUGCCAAGGAGCUGGACACCUAUGUGGACUGUCUGCUUUGUGAUGCCAGCGACGGACCGGAGUGUGUCCGCCAAGUGGGCGAAGUGACUCGUACUCUGUCCUGUCAGGGCAGCUGCUUCACCGGUCUGUAUCCUCGCAACCGUUCGGAGGCUAAUCCCGUGCUGGAUCUGGCCCGUGGUUGCCUGGAUGAUCUGGACUAUGAUGACCGGCUGGCCUGUGCGGCAGGCACCUUGGAGAACUGUGUCUCCUGCUCGGGUGCCUCUUGCAACAAGGCUGAUGUCCCGGAGGAUCGUCUUAGCUGCAACUUCUGCGAGGACUCCGCCUGCGAAACCCUGGGCAGCCAGCUCUGUGUGGGCCAUCGGUCCGGAGAUCAGUGCUACAUCCAUGUGGACGAUCAGGACGUAAAGGCCAUGGGCUGUGUCACCGACUUGGCGGAGACCUUCCUGCUAGCCAAUCGCCGUGAUCUGUACUUCUGCUCCGGCGAUGAUUGCAACACCAAGGACAAGCUGAAGCCAGGCGUUUCCUGCAACAUCUGCAACUCCAUCGAGGAUGAGUUGUGCGUGGAGUCAGGCGGAUCAUUGAAAGCUGUUUGCCAGCACUCCAUUUACCCGGAUUGCUAUAGCUACCUGAAUGAAGAUGGCGUCCUGCAGCGCGGCUGUCUCAUGGACACGGAUGACGCCGUCUUCGAUGAGUGCUCCAGCUCCGGCAGCUCCAAUUGUACCGUUUGCAGUGUGAACAACUGCAACACGGUUUUGUAUCCCUCAGACUGGCUGACCUGCCUGCGCUGCGACUCCUCCAGCGAUGCCGACUGUGUCUCGGCUCCCUCCACCUACUCCAGUUAUUGCCGCACCUACUCCGAGGACGAUGCCUGCGUCACCAGCCUGUCCAAGGGGCGCACUCGUCGCGGCUGUCAGUCGGAGCUGAACUGCGAUGCCUCUCAACCCGGCAGCUGCCGCGUUUGCUCCGGACCCGAUUGUAACGUCGUGGAUCUUUCGUCCUCGUACGUAGGAGAGCCCGGCAAGUGGACCGAUCUGCCCCUGAGCUGUUAUACUUGCGACGAUGCUGCCAGUUGUGCCACGAUCAGUGGCGAGCCCACCAAGUGCGAGGGCAACAACAAGCAGACCUGCUCCACCGUCUUCAAUAACGAGGGUCAAGUGGUGGCCCGCGGAUGCAGUGACUCUGUCCAGGCGGCCAAUAUCGAUUACUGUGACUCUAACCCGGACAGCUGUCUACAGUGCAAGUCGGAUGGCUGUAACAGUGCCUUGUCCCUGGAUGCCUAUGUCGAUUGCUAUUUCUGCGACGCGGAGGAGAGCUCCACCUGUGCCUGGGAGAAGCCUACGACGACCAGGAAGUGCCUGGGUCAGUGCAUGACGGGAAUGUACCCGCGUAGCUCCUCCUGGGACUCGGCCCUGCUGCCCACUCGCGGCUGCCUGGAUGAUUUGAGCGAGGCGGAGCGCACCUCGUGCGCCGCGGGAACCCAUGACAACUGCACCGCCUGCACCGGAUCCUUGUGCAACGACCAGGAUGUGAUUGAGAGCCCGCAGGAGUGCUUCAUAUGCACCGAUUCCGAGUGCAUUGACGUGGUCAGCACCAAGUGCCUGGCCUACAGGGAGGAGGAUCACUGCUACAUGGCCUACGACGAAAACAGCGUGGUAGCCAUGGGCUGCGCCAGUGACUUUGAGACCCAGGUGAUCAAGGAGCUGGUGGCCCAGCAGCGUAUUGUCCUUUGCUCGGGACCAAACUGUAAUACCCAGAGCUCGACGCCCGAUCCCAACACCUGUCUGACCUGCAGCUCCCUGGAGGACUCGCGCUGCGCCACCAAUCCCAAUCAGCUGCUCACCACCGACAUUUGCUCCAAGCUGCCCUACACGGCUUGUGUGACCCAGAUCGACAGUCGGGGCAAUACCUUCAGGGGAUGCCUAUCCAGCCUGGGCGGCGAUGAGUUCUACGAGUGCCAGGCAGGCGAGGGUGAGCUCUGCGAGACCUGCACGGGCGAUCGCUGUAACGGGCUGAGCGUGUUCCCGGCGGAUCGCAGGAAGUGCUACCAGUGUGACUCCUCAACCGAUGCCAACUGCGCCACCUCACCCUCCAGCUUGACCAGCACCGUGUGCCCCAUUUACUCCAAGGACGAGUCCUGUGUGACCACCCUGGUCAAUGGUGUCACCUACCGCGGAUGCAACUCCACGCUAAGCUGCUCCAAUCCCUCGGAUCCGCUUACUUGCCGCGUUUGCUCCUCGGCUGAUGGAUGCAACACCGCUAACUUGGAGAAGAUCGGCGAGGAUGGCUUCCCGGGCAUCUGGCAACCGACGCCCAUUAAGUGUCUUGAGUGCUCUGGAACUGCUUGCGCCUCGGGCGGAGGCACCCUCACCGAGUGCUCGGGCUAUGACAACUGCGUGACCGUCAUCGGGGAGGACGGAGUGGUCAGCCAACGCGGCUGCUCUGACCCCGUGUUUGCCGCCUCCACUUACUGCGACGAGAAUCCCACAUCCUGUCCACGCUGUAACUCCAACGGAUGCAACACCGCCGACUCCCUGGACAACUACGUCCAGUGUAUUGUGUGCGACUCCAGCGAGGACUCCAAUUGCGUGAACGAUCCCUCACAGAUCACCAAGACCCGGCAGUGCCACGAGCGCUGUGUCUCCGCCUUCCUGCCCCUCUUCGGGGAGACUGAUGAUCCCAGCUACGCCCUGGUGCGUAAUUGUUAUGACGAUUUGGAGAAGGAGGAUCGGGAUGCCUGUACCGCGGGCAGCAAGAAGUUCUGUGCCACCUGUGAGGGCGCGAAGUGCAACUCGGAGGAUUUGGUGGCCAGCCGGCAGAGCUGCCUGGUCUGCCAGGGCGAUGGUUGCCAGAAGUCGGAGGCCAGCAGCUGCGCCAACUACAGGGAGAACGACGAGUGCUACAUCCAAUUCGACGAGGAGCAAUCGGUGUCCGCGCUGGGCUGCCUGAGUGAGCUGAGCCACGAGGACAUCUACCAGCUGAAGCGCUCCAAGAGACUGCUGACCUGCAGCGACGGCGACUGUAAUACCCUGGAGUCCAUACCCGAAAGCGAGAGCUGUGCCAUCUGCAGCUCCCGCACGGACGCCUCGUGUGCCAUCAGCCCGGCCAGCGUGGCCAGCUCCACGGAGUGUGGGCUUGCCGGCUUCCCCGACUGCUAUUCCCGGGUUCUGUCCGACGGCAGCACGGAGAGGGGAUGCCUCUCCAACCUGGAGGACGAUGACUUCCUCUCUUGCUACAAUGGUACCUCCACGAGCUGCUCCGCCUGCCAGGGCAGCGCCUGCAACAAGCAGCUGUAUCCCGCCAACCGCCGCUCCUGCCACGUGUGCAACUCGAACACGGACGCCACCUGCCGCUCCGCUCCUGAUAGCCUCACCGUGUGCUAUCUGUACGAAGAAGAUGACCAGUGCGUGACCAACUACCGCAAUGGAGUCACCUACCGGGGCUGCUCCUCCUCGCUGAGCUGCGAGGAGAAUGCCAAGACCUGUGUCCACUGCGAGGGCGAUGGCUGUAACCAGGUGGAUCUCGAUGCCAAGGCGGACGACAACAAUGGCUUGUGGCAAGACCUCCCGCUGACCUGUCUCACUUGCGAAGGCGACGAGGCCUGCCAGGCGGCGAAUAUUCCCUCGGUCAAGUGCCAGAACAACAAUGAGCAGCCCUGCUUGACCGUCUUCAAUGCCGACGGGGUGGUCAUCCAGCGCGGCUGCCAAGAUGCCCUCGAGGCGCAGACUUCGAUUGCCACCUGGUGCGGCUCCAAUGCCGCCAGCUGCCCCUCCUGCAAGUCCAACAACUGCAACAAUGCCACUUCUCUUAGCCAGUACAGGACCUGCAUCUACUGCGACUCCUACAAGGACUCAACCUGCAUAUCCAAUCCCACCAGUGGCAGCCACAGGACUCGCCAGUGCCAAGGCCAAUGCAUGACUGCUCUGUAUGGAAGCAGCUCGGUUGGACUAGAUCUUAUUCGCACUUGUUUGGAUGACAAGGAGGAGGCGGAUCAGCUGACCUGCGCCAGCGGCAGCGACUCCUCGUGCUCCGCCUGCAACGAUGACUCCUGCAACUCGGACAGCCUGCCGGCGGAUCGCCUGAGCUGCUACACCUGCGAUGGUGAUGACUGCGAGGAUCCGCAGCCGGAGCAGUGCUUGAUCUACAAGGAGCAGGACAGCUGCUUCCUGUGGGUGGAUGAGGACAAUAACCUGAAGCAGCUGGGCUGCCUGAGCUCCUUCCGUAACCAGGAUCUGGAGAGUAUCCUGAAGACGAAGCGCAUUGCUGUGUGCGAGGGCGAGAACUGUAAUGUUCCCACAUUCCAAACACCGGUGCGUUGUGCUGUUUGCGAUUCUCGAGAGGAUCCCACCUGCGCCACGGAUGCCCAGUCAGUGGGCAGCUUCCAGACCUGCAGCCAGAUGCCGCACACGGGAUGCUUCACCAAGCUGGAGGACGAUGGUUCCACCAACCGUGGCUGCCUUUACGAUCUGGACCAGACACCGUUUGUCUCCUGCCUCCUGGGUAAUGAUGCCAACUGUACUGUGUGCUCAACUGAUGGCUGCAAUCGCGAGGUCUUCCCUGCCGAUCGCCAAGUCUGUUACUCCUGCACCUCCGCCGAUGAUUCCACCUGCGAGUCCGAUCCCAGCUACACGCUGGCCUGUCCUUGGGUCAGCGAGACGGAGACCUGCAAGACCUUCCUCUCCGGAAAUGUGACCACUCGUGGCUGCAGCAGCAGCGUUGAAUGCGACUCGAGUGAUUACCGCAACUGCCGCAGUUGCUCCGGCAGCGAGUGUAAUGCCAUCGACCUGGCCAAUCGCCAGGAUGAUGGCUGGCAUGGAGCCUACCAGACCCUUCCUCUCAAGUGCCACACCUGCGUGGGCGAGCACUGCCUGAGCUCGCUGGGACCUGCUGUCACCUGCUCCCCCAACAUUGAACAGGACUGUAAGAUUGUCUUUGACGAGGACGGCGUCACUGUGCGCAGGAGAGGAUGCUCGGACGAUGUGGACGACUACGAGGAUCGGUACUGCAGAAAGAACCCGGAGCUGUGCUUCACCUGCAAAUCCAACGAGUGUAACGAUGCCUGGGCCACUUCCGAAUUCGUGAGCUGUACUUUCUGCAACUCUGCGAACAACGAGACCUGCAUCACGGAUCCCACCGAGACGGCUCUGGGCAAGCGCAACUGUAAGGGCCAGUGCCUGGUGGCGCUGAGUGGCGAGGACCUCGUCCGAUCCUGUCUGGACGACAAGGAGCUGUACGAUCGUAGUGACUGUUCCACCGACGAGAGCGGCACCAACUGUGCCUCCUGCUCGGGAGCCGGCUGCAACACCUUCUCCUAUCCCGCCGACAGGCUGAGCUGCCACAGCUGCGCGGAUGCCAGCUGCUCCAGCAGCAAGUCCCAAGUCUGCCUGGCCUACAGGUCGGAUGACUACUGCUUUGCCAAGUACGGAACCAACGGCGGCGUCGAGCUGAUGGGCUGCGCCAGCAGCCAGAACAGCUCCAGCCUGGAGGAGUGGCAGGAGGAGAACAAGCUCUACUCCUGCCAGGGCAGCGAGUGCAACGACCUCAGCCGCCUGCCCAGCGAGGGCGAGUGUCUGUCCUGCGACUCCAGCAAGUCGCUAGAGUGCGCCCAGGAUCCCUCAAGUGUCACCUCCUCCAUUACCUGCCAUGCCCCCAACUCGGAGUGCAUAACCCGCCUGGAAAACGGAAACACCAUCCGCGGGUGCAAGAGUGCCCUGACCAGCACCGACAGUGACGCGUGCACGGCCAAUGGCAGCUGCUCGGUCUGCCCCGGCGACAAGUGUAAUGACCAAGUCUUCCCCAGCAAUCGCAGGCGCUGCCACAUCUGCAACUCCACCGCCAAUCCGGAUUGUGCCAAGCAACCCAAUCACGAGGCCGUGUGUCCCAUUUAUGCCCAGGACGAUGUAUGCGUGACUUCGUACAACGACGGCCUCCUGCGACGAGGCUGUGCCAGCGAGCUGGAGUGCGAGAUCGACAGCGAGGAUCACUGCCAGAAGUGCUCCACGGAUGGCUGCAACACCGUCGAGCUCACGGGCUCCACCGGUGCCCUGUCUGGUCUGGGACUGGGUCUCACCCUGCUGCUGGCCUGGUGCAUCAGCUACACUCAGCGGCUGUAGGAGGAGGAGGUGCCCACUGUUUCCAUGUAUACUUAAGUAGAUUUAUAUAGUAGCGUACGCUUAUGUAAUUAGAUUGCUGUGCUGACGAUAGAGGCUUCUCUUCCGGACCUCGAACAAUCUAAAUAAACCAAAACGAAAACUAUAAA